CACACUCUGUGGACGUGAUUCGCAUGUGGGCGGUGCGAGCUGUUGAACCUGAGAGCGCAGCACAGCCAGCCUGCUGCCGAGCCGCACCCCCGGGAGUGUUAUGAUUGGCCACCGAGGGGGCGGUCCGCCGGGUGAGCGGGCGGUGGGCCAGCGGCGGCCAUGGAGGGAGCACUGAGCGUGGGCUUCGUCGGGGCGGGGAAGAUGGCGUUUGCCAUCGCGGCGGGGCUGCUGGCCUCAGGAAAUGUUCAGCCUGAAAAAGUGAUAGCUUCAGCUCCGUCGGACAACAACUUGUACAAAUUCAAGGAGGCUGGGAUGCAGACUACACACAACAAUGCCUGUGUGGUGAAGAAUUGUACCAUCCUUUUCCUGACUGUCAAGCCUUCCAUCCUGCCUGAAGUCCUGAGGAGCAUUUCCCCACUUGUCACACCAGCUCACCUCGUUGUCUCUGUGGCGGCUGGGAUUACCAUAGAAGCACUGGAAAAUUUGCUGCCUUUGGGAAGCAAGGUGCUGCGGCUAAUGCCCAACCUGCCGUGCGUGGUGCAGCAGGGUACCAUGGCGUUCUGCUGCGGAAGCAAUGCCGGGGAGCGGGAGGCCGUUCUCCUAAAGAACCUGGUAUCUGCCUGUGGGUUGUGCGAAGAAAUGCCAGAAUCCUACAUCGACAUCCACACAGGGGUCAGCGGGAGCGGCUUGGCGUAUGUCUACACAUUUGCUGAGGCUCUGACAGACGGAGCUGUUAAGAUGGGAAUGCCGUAUGAAUUGUCAAAGAAGCUUGUAGCUCACACACUGCUGGGAGCUGCGAAGAUGAUCCUGGAGACUGGGGAGCACCCGGCAAAAUUGAAGAGCGACGUGUGCACCCCGGGUGGGACUACCAUCCACGGCCUGUAUCAGCUGGAGAAGGGGAACCUCCGCAGCACCGUCAUGGAUGCCGUGGAAGCUGCGACGAGCCGAGCCCGUGAACUGGGUAAAAAAUAACCAUCACGGCACCAGGAUCUCACCAGAACUAAUUCACGUUUCCAUGAGCUUCACAGAGUUGGGGACUAGUGGGGUACUAAUUCUUCUGAUGUUCGUGAACUUCUUAAAUCUAAUGUUAAGACAUAAACUUCAUAAACCAUCUGAUCUCUAUUAAUAUAAAAUACUAUAUUGCUGACGUGGUUACUGGUAAAGGGCUACCCCUGACUCAAGGCACCAUGAUUAGGAUUGCUUUACAUGAUUAGGUACCUUUACUCUGCUUGACUUGGAGGUCCUUGACACUGCCUCUGGGGUCGGUCAGUGGAAAGGCUGUGCAUUUGUUUUCAUUGGGUAUUGCAAAGAUCAGCGAUGGUGCUUGAAUGCAAAGAACCGGUUUACAUCUGGAUUACUCUGUCCCUUCCUUGGCACUGCUGUUCUCAGAGCUUGGUGCUGCAGUGUGAACAAAGGCUGGAACUUCAGAUUUGUUCUUUUAUAAACAGCACAGUGUAUUCA